AUGGCAUCCCCGGCCCCCCAAUCCGUUCAACAACAAGCCAACAAUACGGUCUACCCACGGAGCCAUGUCGGUUUCGAUAGCAUUACCUCACAAAUUGAGCGCAAGCUAUUGAAGCGUGGCUUUCAGUUCAAUGUCAUGUGUGUUGGACAAACUGGGCUCGGAAAAUCGACUUUGAUCAAUACCAUCUUUGCCUCGCACCUAAUUGACUCCAAGGGCCGCCUGACACCGGAUGAGCCAGUGCGUUCCACCACCGAAAUCCAAACCGUGUCACACAUUAUUGAGGAAAACGGUGUCCGUCUGCGAUUGAAUAUUGUUGAUACUCCUGGUUACGGCGACCAAGUCAACAAUGAUCGAUGCUGGGACCCGAUUGUCAAGUACAUCAAGGACCAACACUCCGCUUACCUACGAAAGGAGCUCACGGCACAAGAGAGAACGUUACAUUCAGGAUACUCGAAUCCACUGUUGCCUUUUCCUUUAUCCAGCCUUCCGGGCCAUGCCUUGAAACCCAUAGAUAUCGUUGUGCUCAAGAAACUUUCCGAUGUUGUCAACGUUGUCCCAGUUAUCGCCAAAUCCGACUCUCUCACUUUAGAGGAGCGCUCCGCAUUCAAGGAAAGAAUUAAGGAGGAAUUUUCGUUCCACAAUCUGAAAAUGUACCCAUACGACAACGACGAGUUGGAUAAUGAAGAACGUGCUGUCAACGCCCAGAUUAAGGAUAUAAUCCCCUUCGCCGUCGUUGGAAGCGAAAAGUCAAUUAUCGUGAAUGGUAAACAAGUUCGCGGCCGCCAGAACCGCUGGGGUGUGAUCAACGUGGAAGAUGAGAACCAUUGCGAAUUUGUCUACCUCCGCAAUUUCCUUACACGAACCCACCUCCAGGAUUUGAUUGAGACUACAAGCCAGAUCCACUACGAAACCUUCCGUGCCAAGCAAUUACUUGCGUUGAAGGAAAGCAGCGCUACCGGUCAUGGUAGUCGGCCAAUAAGCCCUUCAGCGGAUCGAGAAGUCAGCCGUAAUUCUCAAAGAAUGACUCUGAACGGAUAUUAG